AAUCCAGACCAUUGGACAUGAGAAGCUUCAACCGACACAAAGUUUUGAAUAAAAAAUAACAUUUUACCGAAUAUGCUCUUGAAAUUCUUUAUAAAGACUGUAAAUUUUAUGUACAAAGGUACAAACAAGACAGAGAGAGGUUAGGAGAGAACUGAAAAGAUUCAUAGAUGUUUUCAACUGGGUUCACUUCUGUUUAUUCGGUUUGCAGUGAUGCAGCUGGGGUUGCUGGGAACCUCUUUGCUUUUGUCUUGUUUGUAUCACCUAUACCUACAUUCAGGAGAAUUUUAAGAAACCAGUCAACGGAGCAAUUCUCAGGAUUGCCUUACAUUUAUGCUCUCUUGAACUGCUUGAUCUGCCUCUGGUAUGGCACGCCCCUUGUAUCACCUGGUAUUAUACUGGUUGCCACUGUCAAUUCAAUUGGAGCAGUUUUUCAACUAAUUUAUGUCAGCAUCUUCAUUUCAUAUGCUGAAAAUGCCAAAAAGCUGAAGAUGUCCGGAUUCUUAAUAGCAGUUUUUGCGCUAUUUGGUAUCAUAGUCUUUGUGAGCUUAAAAUUUUUUUACACCGAUGAGCGGCGGGCUUUUGUUGGGUAUUUGAGUGUUGCUUCUCUGAUUUCUAUGUUUGCUUCACCUCUGUUUGUCAUUCAAUUGGUUAUUAAAUCCAGAAGUGUUGAAUAUAUGCCCUUCUAUCUUUCUCUUUCAACCUUCUUGAUGAGUCUUUCAUUCUUUGUGUAUGGAAUGCUCAAGGAUGAUCCUUUCAUUUCUCUUCCGAAUGGAAUUGGAACACUUCUGGGGAUUGUUCAGUUAAUGCUGUAUGCCCAUUAUAGCUCCAAAUCUGGUGAAAGCUCAAGACAGCCCUUGCUAGAUUCAUAUGCAUAAAUGAAUCCACUACCAACACACAGCUUCUUGCAUGGUGGUCAAUUUGUAGCAGUAGCAGAUAAGUGUGCUAUCAAAAUCUGCAUAACGAAUAAUGCAAUAGGAAUUCAUGUCAUCUGAACGACGCAAUCGAUCUCAGAAUCCAUAGGUGUUCCAAAUAAAAUGAACUACUGAGUGAAAUCUCAGUACAAAGCAUUUCUGGACUUACCAAAUCAGUCACUUGAGUAACUGGUAGUUUAUUUGUAGCUCAUUGCCAUACUGGAAACUGAGGUAAGUACAGAAGUAAUGGCUGGUGUCGAUUUUGAUCGAUGAGGAUAACUGGGAAGUUCAUUAUUUUGAUUUGAGCUUGAUUGUUUGCACAGCCAGAGGCCUCUCUUAUUCAUCAUGUCUGUGUCAUUGUGAUCUCAAUGUUGUAUUAUUGAAGAUGCAACCCAAGCAACUUCCAGGUGCCAAAUCACACAAAUAAUAAAUGAAGCAUCUUGAAAAAAAAAA